AUGACGGACUUUUACAACGCAUUUCUGGUCGCUAAAGUUCUUAAGCUGGCACCUGACCACGUGACCGUAUUUAUAGUGGACGGACACCCUGCAGGUGCGCUGGACGACACUUGGUCACGACUCUUCGGUGGAAUGAUUCGUGCAGGUGAGAUAACUGAAGCAGUAACAAUCCAGCGUAUGGUCUGGUCCACCAUAGGCUACGACAGCAUGCUUAACAGCCACCAUCUACAUCAAGUGCCAUUUCUGGAGGAAUUUAGGAGCUUCUUUCUCUCAAGACACUCUUUACAUUUCAACGACGCACUCGACUGUGAUAACCUGACGGUAGUACUCCUUUUACGAAAAGACUAUUUAGCUCAUCCUAGAAACCCAUCAGGAUCAGUGAGCAGAAAAAUAGCAAAUGAUAAAGAACUUGUUCAAAGUCUUAAGGAAUUUUUGCCUCAACAUAAUGUGAUAAGUUCUCAAAUCGAUCUUUUUUCAAUGAAAGAUCAGUUGAGUCUGAUUUCCAGGACGGACAUACUGAUUGGCAUGCACGGUGCCGGCCUUACCCACACGUUGUUCCUACCAAAGCAUGCCGGCUUGAUCGAGCUUUACCCGAACUACUGGCCCACUGCAAAUGUACACUUUCAGGCCAUGGCACGCUGGAGAAACCUCAAAUACUUACAAUGGCAAAAUACUGAUCCGUCUAAUGAACAUGCAAAUGAAUAUACUGUCAUUAAUAAAAGUGCGCUUUUGGGAAUGGUGAAAAAUAUGCAUUCUUCAAUAUGCAGCUAG